UCCAUAUACCGUGAGAGAGGCCCAAUAAAUGGCAAAAAGACAAAAAAAAACAAAAAAAAAAAGAAGAAAAUCUACCUACCAUCUUAACCUUGGGUAAGUCCAUGAAAUAAGAAAGAGAAGAUAUCCUUCUCUUUUUCUUCCACAAACUCUGUAAACUCUCUCUGGAGUAGUAUGACAUUUUAAAGAUUAGAAGUUUCCCCAAAGGGCCAUGAGGAAGGUAAAUGAAUGCAGUGGAGUGAAUCUUAUGGGGACUGUGGUAGACCAGAAGGCUGGUGUGUUGUGUCAGCCACAGUGAGGUAGCAUCUCCCUAGCUCCAGCCUGUUGUUACCAGGUGGGAAUGCAGGCCCAGUAUUGUGAGGUUCUCUCCUACCCCCUUAAAAAUAAAACCAAAACAAUGGGAAGUCAGAAAUCCAGAUUUUUAUGUGAAAUCUCCUGAUUUUUAAAUCUUGGCAGCCUUUUUAAAUGUUUUUAAAAGUGUGUGGUCCAAACAAAACUUGUCUGUAGGCUGUAUUCAGCCUACUGGCUGCCAGAUAGAAUCUGUUGUAGAUAAUAUUUUAAUGGAUGAAGAUAAUAGUUCCAUUGCAUGUGAGCAUUCAUCUUGGGAAUUCCCCACUGGAAUGAAUUGAAUUCUUCAUUUUUUUUUUAAUUAAAAAAAGUUGAGUAAAUACAUUUUUGGUGCUGAUAGUUUUGAUGCAUAGCCUCUUUUCUUCUGACCCACCUAUAAAAGAAAAAGCAAACAUUUGAGCAAAACAGAAAAUGACCAAAGGAUUUUAAUAAAGGUAGAAAAGUAAGAAUUUUAGAAUUUUAGGGAAAAAGGGGGCAAGUUUGAAAUUUUGAAAAGAAUACCAUGAUUUGUGUCAAUCAUUGAUGUAGAUGAAAACCUGAAUUCAACUACAUAAAGCUUUCCAUCUCUUCUUUAAGCAGUGGAUUCUUGGCCCUGAAUCUUUGUGGGAUGUCUAUAAUUUACCAGGCACAGGGAGGAGGUGGGUUACAAGGGGAAAACUUCCAGAGCCAAUAUUUUAUGCAAGUUUCGAGAAAACUUCAUUUAUAUUGUAUACAAUGAGGUGUCACUGUCUCUAAAUUUUUCGAAGGGGCUCUUUAAAAGAAGUAAUCUAUUCAUAAUUGAAAUUCUCUAGGCAAAUUAGAUGUCAACAUUUUCAACAGAACAGGUAAUUAAUUGGUUUGAAUUUCAAACUGAAGGUCAUCCUGCUAUUGAUUUUCGUGGGACCGGGCAACAAGAACACCUUGUUAAAAUGAUCCACAAAUGGAGCCUAGGUGUGCCUAGGUUCUAUCCAGGGUCUUGUUGAACACCAUCCAUCCCUGGACAGUGUCACACACCCAUCAGAAGGGAGUUAUCUCUGAUGUAAACAUAACAAGCUGUUGGUUUGCUUCCAAAACAGCAGAGAGGAGCUGAGCGGGAGGAAAGACCAGAGAUUAACAGUUUGUUUUCUAGGAAGUCAAGUAUUUCAGCUCAAGUGACUGGUGCAGCUUGUUACGAAGCAUCUGUAAGUGUGUCAGAAUGACGUUGGUAUGCCGUGUUCAAGAAGUUCAGCGUCAACACAGCUGUGCCUUACCACUUUCAGAACCUUUCAGCUGGGAAUUAGGUGAAAUCUCUUUAAUACGGGGGAGGGGAGCCCUGCAGUAAAGAGGGUGGUGAGAAAUGGAGGAUGAAAGAAUAUACACCAUUUUAGAUGCUCUUAAUUUUUAUAAAGUAACAUGUGUGCCUUGUAUGUGAGAAAUAGUUUUAUUGUUUCAUGUGCCAGGCUGUUUUAAAGCAGUCAUUUCUCUCCCUGCUCUGUUUAUACUUCUCGAGGAUGGUGUAAUGUGAAGGUAACAUGAACGAGGUGGGUGGCACACACUAUACCUCUCUAAACCGGAGUAAGUAUUUUAAUUUUAGCUGUGUUAAGUUGGAAACUUAAUGCAGCUUCUUCUUAUGGUUCAAAGUAAAAUUCUUAAGAAAAAAAAAGACAGGCGAGGAGGGUGUUGGGGCCUUCUGUUUUAAGUACCCUGGAGUUGUUAAUGCAGUUGUUUCCAGGUUGAUGAAGUUUUGUGUGUAGGCCUGACAGUGGCACCAAUCAUCCCCAUUAAGCCUUAACAUUCCACAGAGCCAUUUCCAGUUGAUGAUGAUCUUCAAAGCCUGCUCAUCCCAAAGAGAAUAUCAAGUUGAAGCAUGUCACUUUGCCAUAGUCACAGUUGAUUUUCUUAAAUCAAGAAGUACCUUUCUUGAAUCAAAAAGGCUGACUUUUCUACAGGUGAUCCUUGAAGAAAUCUCUGGGUCCAGUGCAGUCAUUUCUCUAAUUGUUGCCCUCAUGAGUGGUCCAUCCAUCUUGUUAGCAGUGGUUGGAAACUACCCCAAGUAAAGCAGGGCUCCUCACAGUUGGUUAAAGGUCUGAGAUUAUGCCAACAUUCUUUUUCAGCUUGAGUCUGAGAGCUCAAGUCAUUGAUCCCGUUUUACCAAUUCCCGGUUGGAAUUUCAUUACAGUUUUUAGAAAUGUACUGGAGAGUGGAAAAAAUGCUGAUGCUGUCCUAAUGCUUGGGAGUUGUGCCUGGGGAAUGAAUAUGAGGGCUGCUCAACCUGAUCUCAAGGUGCACAGCUUCUCUGCUUAGGAAAAGGAACUUCUCAUUUCCUGACUGUGAAAGGCCUACUCUUUUGGAAGCUCCUGGUCUUUUAGUUCCUACCUCAGUUAAUAAACCACCCGGGUCUGUCUGUGUCUUGCAUCUCAGAGAUGGAACUUGACGGACUACUCAGCAUUGCAAAGGUCACCCUAAAGCUAUUGUCAGAAUACACUGCCCUUUGUUGCUCAGUGAUUAUAAUGCUACUGUAGCAGUUAACUGAAUGUAUUUGACUGAGCUGCUUUUCCAGAAUGCCAUAUUAUCUAUUUAUUUCUUUUAAACACCUGAUAGAAUGCCCAUUCACAAGCUGUCUUAAGUGUAUUUUCAAAAAGCUUCUUAAAGAUACUUGAAAUACCAGUGCUCUGGCCACCAGAGGGAUAAUAUAUAAAGAAGUGUGUGUGUCCAUUGCAUUGUUUUGCUUCGGUGAAAAUAUUUCUAAGUCGUUCUCAUCUUUUAGAGUUUUCAUAUUAUACAAAAUGAUAAUGCUCCAACAAAUUCGAUUAGAAUCAAAGGUUUUCCAAAAAGUUUCCUUAUGUUAUAGCUUGUCUUCAGUCAGUGCAGCAAUGCUCAAAACCAUGUUAAGGAAUGACACUCUUUUGAGGAAAAAAUAAACCUUAUAAAGCUUCAUUUCCUUUCACGCUGCUUCUCACAAAUAUAAAAUGUGGAACGAACCUUUUUGGUUUUAGGUUGUAGCUUUAAACAGAGUGCAGAAGGGGGGCUCACCAUAUUUUUAUGUAUUUAAAUUUACUUCAUUUUCUUACUGAAAUAUUAAAUUCAGAAUUACAGAGGAAUAACUAAUAAACGAUCAAGCUCCUUAUUUGAGGCAGAGUUUUAUAUUUUGCGUGCUUAUGUGGAUUUUGUGACAACAGUGAGUCUCGAUACACUUUCUAGUACACCGGGAGCAUCUUUGCCUUAGCUCUCAUUUAUGUAAAAAUGAGUGAAGAUCACAAGUGCUAAGGUGCUAAAAACUCAUUAUUUUCACUUAUGCAUGUACUUUCAACUCACUAAUACGUGAUUUGCCACAUACCGUUGCCUCUUCCAGUUUGGUUUGGUCCUAAUUGGAUUGGUUAAGCAAUUUAGGCAUUUAAAAUUACUUCCUCUUUGGUUUCCAAAUGAGUAAGUGAAGACUCAGAGAAAUCCCUUGAAUUUACCUUUCGCUGUCUUUGAAUAGAGCAAAUUCUCUUCUAGCCUCCAUUCAUGCAUCCAUUCAGUUUUUUCUUAUUGUGCUAGAUAAGCAUAUUUAAAACAGAAUAUAUUCCCUCUCUCUCCAAAAUAACAGAAUUUUUGUUGCAAUAACUCAGCAAGCAAAUGGAAGUAAACAAAAUGAUAUAAAAUACAAUGGUUAGCAUUAAGUUCAGAUAGUGAACAAUAUUUGAAAACAAAAUGUAGCCAUAGAGUUUUGUGUUGUAUGACCUAAACAUUUGUUGAAAGAUGCUUUUUCUUUAACCCAGAGGUAUGUUUAUCUUAGAAUAAUAAUCAUUUCAUGCUGUUCAUUUUUUUUUUUUUAGUUGACCCAUUCUCCAGACCUUAAAAAAAAAACUUUUUUUAAGUGGAUGUAAAUUCCAUUUUAAUUGGACCCGUGCAAUCUAAUACUGCAACUAGCCAGGAAUGGAAGAAACAUGCUGGAAGUUAAUACAACCCAAAUCAACCAUAGCCGGAUAAUUCCCCUGAUCUUUGUAACAACCCCCUUCCCCACCUCCACAAUUAAAUGACCCUGUUGUUCUGGAGUUUCAACAAGACAUUUAAGGUUCAUUUAAAAAAAUGAUCAUCCUUUACAGGAUUCUUUGCUCUUGCAUUUCUCUUUCUUCCUUUCCCUUGCCACACAGCUGUCACUGGUAUAGGAGAAAGAUUGGGGGGAGGGGAAGAGGAGGAAGCCCUGUUCAAAUCGUGUCACGUAGCACUAAUUCAUCUGCUCUCAUUAGAGGGAGCGAGGGACAGCGGUGAUGGCCAAGAGCUGCACUCCACACAUGACACGCGAACAGUUUGGGGAAUAGAAAAUUGCUUUCUCAGGAAGCCCAGCCAAUUAAGGACUUGACCAUAUUGAAUGUCAAGUGUUAAUUUAGGUUUUUCUUCAUUUUCCCAGUAGUAAUGCGGGUCCUGUGAUGAGCAAAUACAUGUCAAGUAAAAGUUGAUUGCAUGAAGGACCUGGGUAUUAUAUGUCACUGACAAGUCACAAAUGUACUGAAGUCUUUUAACCCCUUAGGUGAGUUUGGUGGGGGAGGGGCAAGGGGAGACUGGGAUUAAUGUUACCAUAAUGAUAAGAAUAGAUAGUUUACUGGGGAUAGGAUGGAUGGGGAUGGACAGUCAUGGUAAUUCAUGCAAAAACCAGGGACGGGCCAAAUCCUACUCUCAGGGCAUAGAGGCCCUUGAAAGGCAUACUGUAUGAUUCUUUGCCAUUGCAGCCAUAGCACUCAGAAUUUAUGUUCUGUCUCCUAAGAUUGUAUGAAAAGGGAAAGUGAUGUACUCUCUGGUCUUGAUCUAGGAAAUUCCUUAUCAGCUUCCCUUGAAAGAAAGAAAACAUUAAAUAAUCAUACUAUUUUGGACGUUUUAACCUUGAGCUCACUGCAAGCUCUACAAUUUCUGCCUAUUUAUAAUUUGUUUCUAGUCAAGUGUUCAUUUCAAAAAGUGACUGUGUUAUUGUGUGUAAUAGAAGAGAUGAAAAACAUGAGAUUGAAAGAACAUUUGUUUUCUGUCAUGCGUAUCUGGAAGGUGUUUAGCCAAUAGGAACUGGUAGAAGGUCUAUCAUUGUCUUUCAUUUCUUUUGGUGCCCAGUUGUAGAGGGGAAGAGAUUCAAGCUUCAGUGACUGAGGGAACUUUGCCUUUUUUAAACUAAACGCUGGACGUUGCCCAUCACGUAUAGCAUCUCAUUUCCAUUCAUCAGCAUUCAUUUACAUAUGAAUGUCCCGAAAAAUAGAGAAUGUCUGUUUCUGUAGCAAUUGUACAAGUAGAAAACAAAAAUACCCCUCCAGUUGAAAAUUCUGCUCUGUGUAGUGUAAACAAUCUUAAAGGGAAACUCAGAGCAUUUAUUCACCAUCUGCUCUCUUUUUUUUUCUUUAUAUGUAAUAAUCACUUUCCCCUUUCCUAUCUUUGAAGCUGUCAUCUUAAUUAAAACAUUUUCUCCAAACUUACUCUCUUCUAUUUAUUCCAGCAUUUUAAGACACUUGCUUUUGUGUCUUGACAGUGGUUGCACUUUGAAACCUUGAGUCUGAUAAUGCUUUUAUUUUGGCAGCAAAAAAUUCUGAGUCUUCCUCUCCCUCAGGUUAGGAACUGUGCUUCCCUUGUAUUAAAAGUCGGCUAAGUUUAUAUUAAGGAACAAUUAGGAAACAAGUUAAGAAUCGGAUGUUUAAUAAAAUAGAUUUUUCUCAAGAAAGAAAUGUCAGACUCCGAAUGCUGGGAUGUCAUAUCAGCUCUUUACCACCUCCCUUCCCUGUCUCAAAAUGAACCAAACAAAAUUAGCAUAGUCCUCCCUUCCCUUCCUAUGUUGAGGAGCUCUGUCUGUGAAACUAGUGGCAUUGUGCAUGUACUGUUUAAUUACAAUCCAAUUGUCAGCAGCUUCUCUUCCGCUGGGUGUGCUGAGAGACUUAAGUAAGUUUCCGUAAAGUAAAUUCUGAUGAUGGCAGCUCGGGGCUGCUGAUUCAAGUUAUUCCUUCUCUUCUGUGUCACUUUUGACGGAUGGCACCUAAUGCAAUCAACCACAGGCCAAGAAAGAAAGCCUUUUCUUGGGUAGUAGUGUUAGCAACUGGACCAGGCGCUCCCCUCCUCCCUGGCCUUCAGAUGUUCACUCCUUCCUGCCACCCCCACCGACACUUCAGCCCAAAUAGGACAGUGAAAAGAAUGGCAGAGCUACCCAGGACAGGCUUUUCUGAAACCUCCAUUUCCCAGCGGUGCAGUCCAAGCUGCCUCCCUUUGCGUGUGUUUUUGAUAAAUUUAAGAAGUCAAAUCGCUGACACAGAUAGAUAAUCCAAGUGUAUAGGGUGAAGAGUUAUAAAUUAACACAUUAUUCCCUCUUAAUGUGAAAUACUUGAGAAUGCAUUUUCUCAGUCCCCUGACAUCUUACCCAGUGAGGGCUCGCAUUGUACUUUUCAAGUGGCAUUGAUUUGUUAAAGCGCUGAAUUAGCAUCUCCAGCCAGCUGCCUGAUCCACUGUUGUGUCCUGGGGCUCCAGUACCCCCUCUCUUUAGCCAUCCCUUGUUUUCCCUUCAGUCUUCCCUUUCUCUCUUUCCAUUUCAUUCCUCCCCAUCUCCUUCUUCGUUUGUCUUCCUUCCCCUUCUUUCCUGUUGCUCAUGUUUGUUUCAGUCUGGCUUCACUCUACUCAAUUUACUUUUCCUUCCUUUCACUCUUUUAUCCUUGUACUUCCUUCCCCCAUCUCAUCUUACCGCCCCUAAGGGUUGCCCCCACUCUGGGUUUUAGUGUAACUGCCUGUGUGUGUUUGGGAAGGAGAGGGUAGUGCUGAUGUAGCCAGUCCCAUGGCUCCAGGUAGACUUGUUGAGAAGACCAGAUUAAGUACCAUAUGUAUGUUUACGCUCAUUGUAAUAGGAGUUUUUGAGAAACUGACCUAUUUUGCUUUCUAGAAAUUAAAAGGUAACUUACAAAACUUGUAUUUCUAAGUGAGGUGUCUCAUAUUAAAGUUUUCUUUUGGUCAAAGGAAAAUGAAAAACCCUGAUGAUUUUCUCAGAUUUGAUCAUGCACAUGUACCCACCAAAAUAUUUCCACAAAACCUUUGGACUAGCAACUUUUUGCAAUUCAGUGAACUUACUGAUAAAACUUUCUUUUCUGGCUGGUUCUGUACUGUUUAGUGUGUGUAUAUGUGUAUGUGUCCUUUUAGGGCUGCACCCACGUCAUAAUGGAAGUUCUGAGGCUAGGGGUCGAAUUGGAGCUGUAGCUGCAGGCCUAUGCCACAGCAAUGCAGGAUCCAAACCGUUAUCAGCAACCUGUACCACAAGCUCACAGAAACACUGGAUCCUUAACCCACUGAUCAAGGCCAGGCAUCGAACUCUUGUCCUCAUGGGUAUUGGCCGGGUUAGUUACUGCUGAGCCACAGUUGGGAACUCCUUUUUCUGUACUAUUCUGAUUCCACUUAUUUGUAUUAGUACAAUUUCAUAUAAAAAUAGGACUUCCUCGCUGGACCUUGGCAACAUUAAGGUUAUAAAAUGGCUUGACAAGUUUUUUAGAAAUAAGGGUUGGGUUAUUGCUUUUCAGCUAUAUAUUUCAAAGUUCCAGAGGAACUGCCUCCCGGUUGAGAGGCUUAACAUGUUGCAUGUGUGUGAUCCUAGACGUUGACUCUUUUCUUUCUCUGGAUAUUGGUCCAAAAUACUUUGGCAUCACUGUGUAGAUUAAUUUGAUAUGAGCAAAAAAGUGUAUCUGUCUGAACUUAAAUAUAUGUUAUCCUCUGUAAUUUUAAUGGCAUUGUUUUAAGGGAUGCUGUCUUCAGUUUUACUAGGCUUCCCACUAGUAACAUCAAAAUCGGAAUUUGAAUAUACAUUGGUAAUAAGUCAGAUUACUUGAAAAAAAUGAAAUGUCUUUAUUGCUUUAUUUUUAUGGAUUAAAAUGACAGCUUGAUUUCAACAUUUAUGUUUGAAAAUGGAAAUAAUUCACAUAGGAUUUGAUAAUGUUUGCUUCUUGGUUGGGCUGAUUUCCCAUCCCCCUUUCCCAAAGUCAAAUAUAAUUCCUUUAAAAAAAAAAUGUAGUUGCUGUCCUCCUAGCUAGAAUUAGCAUGGUUUGGCUAAGGUGAAGGGAUUAGAAUGACUCUUCAAGGCAUGAUAAUGUCUGUUUAAAUGAGAGGAAAAAAAAAAGUCUUUUAACUGGGGCUUAAGACUAAUUCCAGCUACUAAGGAGACAAAAAUUACGCUAAAGAAGGCAAUUUGGCUGUGUUUUACAUGUGCAUGUCACCCUGCGUAGAGAUCAUCCUUUUGUAUUUUUGGGCAUUCUCUAAGGUGAAGUAAGAUGUUCUUCACUUGUUACUGGAAGGGGACGUAGCCUCAUUCUAGGAGAUGAAAGCUGAAACACCUUCUGCCUUUUGCAGAGAUAAUCACAGCUCACCUGGCUACAGUUCAGGGUUAGGGACAGAAGGGGGGGCUUGCUGCUUCUUAGAACUGCCUGUGAUUAUAGCAGAGAGAAGGAAUUAGAAGACAAAAUAGUAGGGCAGGUUUGAAAGUGAAUGUGCCUCAUUUGAAAAUAGUUAAUGAUUAGAAAAGGGGAAAAAAUGAAUAACCAGAAAAGUAGAAAAAAUCUGGAAGGCAUACUUUAGUGAGAGAGAAGUCAAGGAGAAAGAAAAUAGAUGUUUGGGGGGCAAAAUUAGGGUACCUUAUAACUUUUAAAAUGAAUAAAAAUCAGUUCUGUUUUGAUUGGUUAUAACGGGCCAAAUUGGCAUCACAGCAGAGUUAAAAAUGAAAACAUUUAAACACUUUCAACGUGAUUUUAAUUUUUAAUUUUUUGGAUUUGUAUUUUUCCUUCUUUAUUCGUUUGUGGCUUAUGUUCCUUGUAGGGCAGACGUCUCUGCACAAGUAGUGAAUCAGUAUAUCUAGGGUUUAAAAAAGCCUGAUCUGUUCCUUUGCUGUGUGAUAGGAUUUUAGCCACAUGAAAUGGUUCCGUGCAGAUGUUUUAAAGUUUAACACUUUUUUGAGUUUUUCUCUCAAAUUCUCACGAGAAAUCAGAAUUAUUUCUGUUUUUGCGUUUUGUAAGUCUAAAUUAAGUGUCACUUCAAUGCGGAAGAACUGGCAGCUUUGAUAAGUAGUCCCCAAAGCAAACCAGUUUGUCAGUAAUCAUAACCUGAUUAUGAAUGCAAAUGCAAAGUUUGCUUUUUAAAAAGUCUCAAACAAACAAAGGAAGAAGAAGAACAGACCUCUCUACAACCCAAGGAAAAAGCCUCCCCACGCUUGAACACGGGCCCUUCAAUGGUAGCAGUAAGAAGAAGAAAGAACCUUUGGCGCCGGGCCAAGUCCUGUUGAGAGGGAGCCGCCAACGGCCUUGCACAGUGUGUGGCUCUGCACAAGUUCCAGAGUGACACACGCAUUGCAAAGCCAGUCACAAUGCGAGGGGUCAGGGGUUACGUUCAAGAGCAGGGUGUUGCUGGACCAGGCCAAGGAAGCAGAGGUGGCCCCUCUGUGCGCAGCGUGUGGGUCUGUGUACUCCUUUCCCGUCAAAGCUGGCCCUGCACCGCCAAAAAAGCGGUUCCUUGGCAGGGUUUUAUGGCAGGAUGAUGUAGUCUGUUGUGACUAGUGCAUUCCUUUCAGGUUAAACUAGGGAAAUGGCAUUGUGUUAAAAUUCCAAGUCGCAUGAAUGUUUUAUUGCCACAGUGCAUUUAGCCCUCUAGGGGAGUGUGUGUGGCGGCGGUGGGGUGGGGGCGGGGGGACUUGGAGACUCAGGAACUAUCAGAAGAACACUUCCCUUGGAAAAUUUUACCCACCAGCGUGAAGCUGAUUUGCUGUGAUGGUCACUUAGAAGGGUUUCGCUUUUUCCUAAAUUGUGGCUGUUUAAAGUCUGGCUGCCUGGACAAUUAACAGCUGAGGAAAAUACGACAAGACACACGCAAAGAGGUUGGGAGAUAGAGCGGAGGAAUGCGCCAGAAAGGAGCUGAGCGGCCUUCUUGUGUAAACUGCCCGAGCAAGGGCCUCCUCCCCGCCCGGUCCCUGUCCCCCCCUCCCAGGGCUGCGCUCUGCUGUCUGCUCUGCCCGAAGGCCAGGAGGAAUCUGUUAACCUUGCACCACUGCGGCUCAUGGGACUGUUCCAAUUCGGUACGGAGGUUGCCACAUACAGUGGGGAUGCCAGCUCAUAGAUAUGCAGGUUAUUGGUUCCAGUGGCAUGUGCCGGCAGAGUGCUGGGUGCAGACUUCUGCCCAAACCUGGAGGAGCCAGACCAGAGGCUGGAAGUCCAGGCCAUCCGCUGCACACUGGUCAACUGCACGUGUGAAUGUUUCCAGCCGGGGAAGAUUAACCUGAGGACUUGCGAUCAGUGUAAACAUGGCUGGGUGGCACACGCCUUGGACAAGCUCAGCACGCAGCACCUAUACCACCCCACCCAGGUGGAGAUCGUGCAGUCCAACGUGGUGUUCGACAUCAGCAGCCUGAUGCUCUACGGGACGCAGGCGGUGCCUGUGCGGCUCAAGAUCCUGUUGGACCGUCUCUUCAGUGUCCUGAAGCAGGAGGAGGUGCUGCACAUCCUACACGGCCUGGGCUGGACACUGCGUGACUACGUCCGGGGGUACAUCCUUCAGGAUGCUGCCGGCAAGGUGCUGGACCGCUGGGCCAUCAUGUCUCGAGAAGAGGAAAUCAUCACCCUUCAGCAGUUUCUUCGGUUUGGAGAAACCAAAUCCAUCGUGGAACUGAUGGCAAUUCAGGAGAAAGAAGGGCAGGCCGUAGCUGUACCAUCUUCAAAGACAGACUCAGACAUCAGGACUUUCAUUGAGAGCAAUAAUCGCACCAGGAGUCCCAGCCUCCUUGCUCACCUGGAGAACAGCAAUCCUUCCAGCAUUCAUCACUUUGAAAACAUCCCCAACAGCCUGGCGUUUCUGCUGCCAUUCCAGUACAUAAACCCAGUCUCAGCCCCCCUGCUAGGAUUGCCUCCAAACGGGCUGCUCCUAGAGCAACCAGGCCUGAGGCUGCGGGAACCCAGCCUUUCAACCCAGAAUGAAUAUAACGAAAGCAGUGAGUCUGAAGUUUCUCCCACGCCCUACAAAAAUGAUCAGCCGCCCAAUAGAAACGCCCUGACCAGCAUUACUAAUGUGGAGCCCAAAACCGAGCCAGCCUGCGUGUCCCCCAUUCAGAACUCCGCUCCCGUCAGUGAUCUGACCAAAACUGAACACCCGAAAAGCUCAUUCCGGAUCCACCGGAUGAGAAGGAUGGGCUCAGCCUCUAGGAAGGGGAGAGUGUUCUGUAACGCAUGUGGGAAGACCUUCUAUGACAAAGGUACUCUCAAAAUCCAUUACAACGCUGUUCACCUGAAGAUCAAACAUCGGUGCACCAUCGAAGGUUGCAACAUGGUCUUUAGCUCCCUCCGCAGCCGGAACCGCCACAGCGCGAACCCGAACCCCCGCCUUCACAUGCCUAUGCUAAGGAAUAACCGAGACAAGGAUUUAAUUCGGGCCACGUCAGGGGCUGCCACUCCCGUCAUAGCAAGUACAAAGUCAAAUCUCACACUCACAAGCCCCGGGCGGCCCCCAAUGGGUUUUACCACUCCCCCACUAGACCCUGUCUUACAGAAUCCUCUCCCUAGCCAGCUGGUGUUUUCUGGGCUAAAGACUGUCCAACCCGUUCCUCCGUUUUAUAGAAGUUUACUCACUCCGGGGGAAAUGGUGAGUCCUCCAACCUCCCUCCCGACCAGCCCCAUCAUCCCCACCAGUGGUACCAUCGAGCAGCACCCCCCGCCUCCCUCUGAGCCAGCAGCGCCAGUGGUGAUGAUGGCCACGCACGAGCCCAGCACUGACCUGGCGCCCAAGAAGAAGCCCAGGAAGUCCAGCAUGCCUGUGAAGAUCGAGAAGGAAAUCAUCGAUACUGCCGAUGAGUUUGACGAUGAAGAUGAUGACCCCAACGAUGGUGGCGCUGUGGUCAACGACGUGAGCCAUGACAAUCACUGCCACUCCCAAGAGGAGAUGAGUCCAGGCAUGUCUGUGAAGGACUUUUCUAAGCAUAGCAGGAGCCGGUGCAUUUCAAGGACUGAAAUAAGAAGGGCCGACAGCAUGACUUCUGAGGACCAAGAAGUCGAGCGGGACUAUGAGAACGAGUCUGAGUCUUCGGAGCCCAAACUAGGUGAGGAGUCCAUGGAAGGGGAUGAGCACAUGCACGGCGAAGUGAGCGAAAAGGUUCUGAUGAACAGCGAGAGGCCCGACGAGAACCACAGCGAGCCCUCUCACCAGGACGUCAUCAAAGUGAAGGAAGAGUUUACAGAUCCCACUUACGACAUGUUUUACAUGAGCCAGUACGGACUGUACAACGGCGGGGGUGCCAGCAUGGCAGCCCUGCAUGAGAGCUUUGCCUCCUCUCUGAAUUAUGGCAGCCCUCAGAAGUUCUCCCCAGAAGGUGACCUGUGUUCUAGCCCAGACCCCAAAAUCUGUUACGUGUGCAAGAAGAGUUUCAAAAGCUCCUACAGCGUGAAGCUUCACUACAGGAACGUUCACUUAAAAGAGAUGCAUGUCUGCACGGUGGCUGGCUGCAAUGCCGCCUUCCCCUCUCGCCGAAGCAGAGACAGAAACAGAAAUGUACGGAUGGAAAGAACCAUAGGUCCAGGACAUCGAGACAGCCUGCAUCUCCGUAGACACAGUGCCAACAUAAAUCUGCAUCGUAAACUGUUGACCAAAGAACUCGAUGACAUGGGCCUGGACGCAUCGCAGCCCUCCCUUAGCAAGGACCUCCGGGAUGAGUUUUUGAUGAAGAUCUAUGGUGCCCAGCACCCCCUGGGGCUCGAUGUCAGGGAAGACGCCUCCUCCCCCGCGGGCACUGAGGACUCCCACCUGAAUGGGUACGGGAGGGGCAUGGCAGAGGACUACAUGGUCCUGGACCUGAGCACCACCUCCAGCCUUCAGUCCAGCAGCAGCAUCCAUUCCUCCAGAGAAUCCGACGCUGGCAGUGAUGAGGGGAUUCUCCUGGAUGACCUGGACGGGGCGAGUGACAGUGGGGAGUCCGCGCACAAGGCCGAGGUCCCCACCCUCCCCGGCAGCCUGGGGGCUGAUGUUGCAGGAUCUCUGAUGUUCAACAGCUUGUCCGGGAGCAAUGGUGGGAUCAUGUGCAACAUUUGCCACAAAAUGUACAGCAACAAGGGGACCCUGCGAGUGCACUACAAAACCGUGCAUUUGCGAGAGAUGCACAAGUGCAAAGUCCCCGGUUGCAACAUGAUGUUCUCCUCUGUGCGAAGCCGAAACCGGCACAGUCAGAACCCUAAUCUCCACAAAAACAUUCCCUUCACUUCCGUAGAUUAGUCUCAGAACGGACACUACAAAUGCCAGCUCUCACCAGACGGCCUACAUAUUUGAACUGCCAUAGUCAGUGUGUGCUUGUGUGCUUGGGAGGGCGUGUGUAUAUGUGUGAGUGUGUACACAUGUAUGCCUCUGUGUCUACAUGCGUAUACACAUGCACACUUUUUUUUCUUUAGAUACAAAAAGGUAAACACUAGGUGCUUUUGAAUUUUUUUUCCUUGAUAGUUUGGGAAGGAGGUGGGAUCUUUCAUUUGGGGGUGAAAACAAAGUACCCUUUAAAUACCCAUACACACACACACACACACACACACACACAAAAGCGUGCAACGAGCCCAAAUUUUGACAGAAUAAUAAUUCUUGGUCCUCUCCAAAGAGACAAUUUGUUGUACCCAUGACUGUUGCCUGCAGAAAAAAAAAAGGGAAAAAAAAAGAAAAAAGGAACUUCUUAUAGUUGUCUUUUGUGAACUUUAAGGUUUUGAGAGAAUCUUCAAUUAAAGCAUGGCAGAUUCACCUGUAAAUAUUUCGCCUUGAGAGGCCAAUGAUGUAAAACAAUUGUAUUGAUGGUUGUUUAACUCUUGUUUAAUUUUUACAGUUACAUCCAGCUGUUAGAUAUACAGGAGAGAAAAAUAAUUUGCUGGCUAGCUCUAUUCAUUUAUGUUAGCGUUAAUGCACAUUUUUUAAAGGAAAGAGAAAAAACAUGGUCUUGUUUUUACUACCUGCUAGAUAAUAGUGAUAAAGAGGUGCUGGCAUGCCUUACAGCACAGAUCUGAUUUUUUUAAAUGUCCUGUACUAGUACAUAAAUCCAGUCAUGCACUUUUUUUCAUACACUACAAGGGGAUGUGUAAUAUCCGUGCUUCUUUUUUAUCCUUAAACUAUUGCCAUACUUCAAGUAAGUGUCUUUUUUUAAAAAAUUCACUUGUAUAAAAAUGGUCUGGUCAGUAUAGGGCACAAAUGCCAAACAAAAGUAUUAGUGUUAACACAAAACUGCCAACUUUGCACAAGUUUCCAGAAAAGAAAAUACAAUUAGUCACUCAACAUAACCACAGGCCAAUUUGUCGGCCACCAGAAAACCGCUUUAAAAAAAAACACACACACACACACUCACUUGGUGAUUCUUUCAAGUGCCGAAUGUUAUUACAAUCAACAUUGCAUCCUUCUUGCUUAUAUGUUCAGUUACAUAAAAGGAAAACAAAAAUUACGUGGUGUGAAACAGCCAAGGCAUUUAUUCUUUUAGAGGCAGGAUAAUAUUUCAGGAUACAAAAGCCCAAAUUAACUCACUAUGGAACAAGGCUGAAUACAGUAAAAGAGUUGAAUACUCAUUCAUAAGGACCUAACCCCUAUCCUUUAAAAAGAAAGAAAAAGUCCAAACGGGGCUGGUCUGCUUUGUGGCCGUCUAAUUUGUCGCAGGGUCUGUAGUCCUGAGUUCUAUGAGUCAGGCCUCUUUGAGCGACAGAAUCAAAAGACAUGGAACAGCAGCAGUGCCUGGAAGCUUGGCAAACAUGGGCCGAACUUGAACUGAGCAACACUCCUUUCUGAAAAGCCAGAGGAAGGGGUUUUAAAACAGGAUCUCUCACUGUUCAGUGUUUUGUGUUUCCCCCACAUGAUGUGUCAGAAACGAAAGCCAGCCUGAAACCAGGCGGUGGAGAGUGAAAGAGGCGGGAGAGGAUUCCCCGAACCUGUUUUGUUUUGUUUUGUUUUGUUUCCGAUGUUUACACAUGUUGCCUGAGCUGGUUAACCACAUCGGCAGCCUCUGCUACCACAACAUACUGACUAAAUGAUGAUAUUUACUCAACUUCAGUCUGCAGCCAAAACCAUUAGGGUGUGCAGUGCGGACUGGGUUUUGUUGUCUUUUUUUUUUUUUUUUUAAGUUGGGGGGCUAAAGAGAUAAACAAGGACUAUUUUGUCAAAUAGUACACAGUAAUUUAAAAAGAAUGUAUUUCUUUUCUGCAUGUAAGGGCCUCAGACAUUUCUCUCAUCAGUCUAAAAGUUAGAAUUUCCCUCUCCAUUUAAACUUUUAAUGUCAUUUCCAUUUUUCAUAGGUUUUGUAAUUAUUUUUUUCUAUGUUCACAUCAGCAUUCACUUCCGUUAAGUUUGCCAAAGGAAACUGUUACUAUGUUUCUCUUGUUAUUAUUCCUGUAGGAGUUAUUGUACCUCACAGUAUUUAUUGUUUCCAAAAAUCAGCAUCAUCAGUUGAGGAUUCAGUAUUUGUGAAAAUUUCAGAAAUAGAUUCUUCAAGAUAAACUAGAUGUGUCUAGGAGCUUUAUCUUUUCAUCUCCUUCAGAGGAUGCUUUGGGGUUCAUUUAAUUCUUAAGUCUUCAUUUGUUCUACAGUGAGGAGAGACCAAAAGUAUUUGCAGUAUAAAAGCAACUUUAUCAAACACUAUGUCUCUUAAAUGACCAAUGUUUACGGUAAAGAAGCUGAGGAAUUAGUGCUAACCGUUUUUGUUUUCUUGUACCUUUAAAUUCCCCAAAGUCUUAAUUGCUUUGUUUUGCUGUUGUGUUAAAUCGAAUAGACAGAUGUUUUCCUUUGUUUUAUACCAUAUGAGACUCUGUACAGUAUGUUUGUGAAAGAUGGAACUAGAAUAAUGAAAGUUUGUUUGCAAACAUUUUAGUCCUCUUAGCGUUCUCUGUGUUGCGCUGUUGCCCCUGAAUGAUUCGAUUGUGGAAGGGUGGAAAAAAUAUUUUUGGUAUCCCAACAAAAGAUGAUGGGAACACUAGCUUUGGGGGUGUGCGUAGACUGACACUUAAGUUUUAUGAAACCACAUUUUUGGCAGUCGUUUAUUUUAAAGUUGCACUCUUGGUUGAGACACUAGAGCUCAUCUUGUGCAAAAUCAAUGUUUAGUCUGUUUAAUUUAAUGUCAACUGAAAGGUCAAAGAGCCCUAGUGAGUGAAUUACCUAACUGUCAACAGGCCACAUCCACAAAUGAACCAGGCUUAGAACAAAUGUUUGUUACUCGCCACAAACCAGUGGCUAGCCUGUUAGGACAAGUCCAGAAAUAAUGAGAUUCUUGAGGUAGGAUUUCCCUUGCCUGAAGCAAGAGUGUAUCCCCCUGCCUUUUGUUGGAGAAAUGAUACCUUUGCUACUAUUUUUGUGCCUCAGGUGCCCACAUGUUAUGGUGGCCUUCAAAGAAGGCAAAGCAUUUUCCAGCCUAAAACCUGUUUGCUUAAAAGUUAUGGGCCGGAGUGGGUGGAAGUGAUCCACAGGAUGUAGAAUCGUGAAACGUUCAUUUCUUCUAGCCUCGGGGUAUGGCUCAUUCUUGGGUGUGUGCCUGAGUGCAGAGUUUUGAUUUAACUCUGUACUUUUAGUUAAGAUGGUGAUCCCAAGACUUAUUUGCAAACAGGAAGGAUGUAGAGAUCACUCAGAUUUUAAUCACUGAGAGCUUCAUUUGUGCCAUUCAUACUCAUUUCUUUUUUCAUAGGACUUUCCUAUUGUGAAACAGGCUCUGUCUAGCUGCAUACAUUCUUUGCCGGCUGAGAAGGACUUAGGGAUGCAGCUUUUCAUCCAAGCAGCCUUUUCCCAUUUGAUUGAUUUUAACCAGCGUUUUGUCACAGGUACAACACUGGGCAGGAUUAUUAAUGUGCAUGUUCACUAGCUGGUGUCGAAAUGUACUGAUUUGGUCAUUUGAAGCUAAGUUUUUGUAACUAGCAGAAAGGCUUGAUCCACUUUAGGGAGUAUCUGUGUGUUAUGGACAGGGAGACAACCCAGAGCAAGGAUAAGGCUAGAUGGGUCAGUAAUUUGGUUUUAAAAAUGUGAUUAAAAGUGUGACAUUGUGUUGCUGUCUACCUGUAUUGAAAUAAGUUAAUGCAUUUCAGAUCUUAGUCCAGCAGCCCAGUUCAGCCUAAUGCCUUUAAAGGUUUCAAAGUGUUAAUGUUUUUCUUCUCACUGUGACAAACAUCUCUCUUGAAAUUGUUUUUAGCACAAUGUACCACUACUACCCUUGUAGUGUGAUUUCUUUGGCCAUGAAUUUCCAGGGCCUUCUGGUAAGAGGAGAAAGGCCUUUAACUGGUUAACAGCCUAUUAGUGUAUACACUGCUCUUUAAAAAAAAAAAAAAAAAAAAGUAAGCUUUGACUAUAUCAAGAAUGGGCUGUUCCAGAAGCAUUUUCCUCAUUUUCCUCAGGAGAAACCAUGCACUCGGUUCCCACCGAAUAAAAAGUGACCUUUUGUUCCCCUUGCUCUGUACACAUUCCUGAUGUGUGCCAAGCAAAUGAGAAUGGGGGCCCUUGGCAAAUAGAACAUAAAGAAGCCAGUAACCAGAUUGAGAUGGACAUGCUGCUAACUGCUAACAGUUGACCUGAGCAGCCCUAACUUGUACUUGGUCUUUAGUGUUGGGUUAGGUUGACUAACAGUAAAUAAAGUUCUGCUGUCACGAGACACGCUAUGGCUGCUGUCAUAAGAAACAAAGCAUCUGGAAGAAACUUUUCUUUGAUCCCAUGGACACACGCCUUUCCUUGAACUUUGGAAAACAAUGACACAUUUUGGGUUUCUUUUAAAUCACCUAUAUGCCCCCCCCCCCAAGCUUGGAAUAUUUAGAGGAUUUUGCUUUUCCCUCUCAUUCUUUGUUCUCCUAAUAGGAAGGGUCCAAAUGAGUAAGGAGGGCUUAAAAGGCAGGUGCCCAAAAGAAAGGAGGGAAUUAGUUUUUUCAAGCCAGGUGGAGGAUACGAAGUAGAGGAUUCAUACCUACCCUGGUUUAAGGAUAACUAGGCAAGAAGAGAGUGGAUGCCCUAAAAGGGUUUGUUCAAGAGAAAAGCCUGGUACAAUUCAGCCUAGUGGGUGAGAGGAAUCAAAGCAGAGCCCCCGCAGGACCAGGUGCAUCACUGAAGCUCAGUCUGAGGAGGAAGGGAGUGGAAUAGCUCAAGUCCCUUUUGGAUCAGGGGUGCCAACUAGGGCCAUUGUGGAGGGGUGUGUGUGUGUGGAGGUGUGUGUGUGGUGAAGUAAGGCUAGAGUCCCUCAAGGAACAAAAAGAUCCCCUGGCUCAACUAGGUCCUAUAAAAGGCCAGACGGAGCUCCGAUUAUGACAAGUGGAGCUGAAAAAGUUGCAGUAGCCAGCACGGAGCUCUUCUUUCUCCACCUUUCCUGUCGUGCACCCUCAUGGCUGUGGGGGUAAUGCUGUUUGCCUAAAGCUCUCCUGAUCACAAUGCAAGCUCAUUCACCUUCCUACAAAGCAUGAAAGUAACUUUUCUGUUUUCAUAGUUCCCCUCCAAGCUGAACCAUGUGUGGGAGCCUUGCUCGUGUUGGCAUUAAGGUCGUACAUAUCUGCUCCGUCUGAAACAUGUUCUCCUAUUUCCUAUCAGUGGAGAGUCGCUCACUGUAAAUGCUAAUUUCCCAUUAGCAUUAUGUAAAUCCAGCUGUAAAAGUGAUUAGUCAAUUCAUCUAAUGUCACUCUUGCCCAGACACCCAUCCUUUCCUGUAUUUUCCCAUCAUCCUCAUUCUUUCCACAUCUUGCAGAAAAUGAUGUUUAUGGUCACUUGGCAAUAACUGGACAUCAAAUACUGUCUUUUUGGCAUUUGUUGAAAAAUCCAAAUGCCUGAUAACAGGGUGUUUUUAAAAAAAAAAAACCUAAGCAUUUUUACAAGUACACUGAAUUGGAUCAGCAUUAUUGUUCAUUAUAACGCUAUCUAUUUUUUUGAAGUAACGUACUGUAGUUGUCAUAAAACUAUCUUUAUUCCUCUCCUCUGGUGUUGUUGUAAAUUCAUUUGACCUUUACUGCAAAAAAAAAAAAAAAUCUUUUCUAUAUAGAGUAUCAAGACAAGGCUCACUGUGUAACAAAUAGGGGACCAUUACAAAAGAGGAAGGGAAAAAGCCAGGCUGAGCAUCGAGAAGCUUCAGUUCAAUUUCACCUCAUAUCUUUCUAAUAACUUACUUGUCACUUUAUUACCUUCCAGUAAUGUGAGCGCUGCUGACAAGACUGUCACACUAACAGCAGACAACACCCUGUCUGCUGCAGCCCCAGCUCUCCUGGCUACUUACUGCCCUGGCCCUGAAGGGACACAAACUAAUAGUGUGCUUUCCAGUUCAGCACUUGGCCAUCAAAUAUAAAAGGAUGCGUAAUUGCCUGUUUAUCCCUUGUGAAGGGGAAAUUGAGUACAAGGGCUAGGCUUUCCCACUGAGUUCCCUGAUGUACACACACAUCCACAGUCAGUCUCUCUCCUUCCCCCUCUCCCUUUCUCUGCCCCCCACCCCCCGCCUUUCUCCUCUCCCUCCCCUUUCAACACACAGGCACAUACACACACCCACUAAACUGUAUCUUUGGUAAGCCCACCACUGCCCCGAGGUGCCCUCUCCAGCUAUUAAGUGGACACUAACAAGACUACUUCUUAAAUAAAGGGUCAGAGAGACGCUGGCUGUGAUGUCAUUCUUUGCAUCUUUGGAAACUUUAAGUAUUGCAAUUCCUUGCCCAUGCAUUUGGGGGUUACUGGGGUGGCCCGAUAAUGAACAUAAAAUUUCUGCAAGUCAGUGGCAAAAGUGGCAUUAGAUCACCCCAUAUUCUGAAGGCAAAAGCAUGGUAUUUUUUCUUCCCCUUCAAAAACUGCACAUGUAAACAAAUUAGUUGUGUGUGAUAUUUUUUUUUUUUUAGUUUUGGCAUCCAGCAUUAGCCUAAACGUAUCCACGUAUCUUGCCAUGACACCCUCCAAAUCCAUAAUGUUAACAAGACAGAUUAAUCUUCGUUUUGUUUAACUGGACUGACAAUCUGAAAAAAUAAUAAGGCAUGGAGAUUUUGACUUGAAUCACUAAAACAGGGAGCAACCUAUACAUGAAAGGUCAAUUCUCCACUUUGGGAGAAUUUUGGUAAGAACAAGCAUCUGAGCUUUAUGAAAUCAAGUGAUGGAAGCUGCAAAAGGUACAGAGAAGAUGAUGUGAACGUGUUACAUUUCCAGACACCAUGGGCCCAAAUAAUGUGUAGGUAUUGGCUGCUAUUUCUGUAUACUGAACUGCUUCAAGGGGGCGAAAAAAUGGCUAAAGGAAGUCCAUGCUUCCUUCUAACCCUCUGGCUGCAGGUCUCAUAGAAGCUGUUGACCCUUGCUUUGAACAGUCACAUUUCAAAUGUACUCGUCAAUCAAAUAAGACACACGUGGGUGUCAUCUUUGACGUGAAGUUUGGGAAAGAGCAGAGUGGCAAAUCUAGAGGCAGAUGACUGAAUGGGUCUAUGCUGACAAAUCCAUGCUAAAUUAUUUUCAGUAACCAGUGUGAGGACUGGGAAGAAAAGCACUUUGAGCAGGGAUUCUUGGGGUCCAAGACUUGAUUUUUUUAGGUUCCCCUAGUCUGUAUAUAUAACGAUCACGUAUCAAACUUCCUCAUAGAUUAAUUAAAAAUUCAGUUGCCAAAAUUGCACAAAUUCUACUAACAAAUGCUAGCUCUUCCUCCUUUAAGUAACAGGGAUGCUUCAGGACAGUUUUAAUUCUUUAAAACAAUUUUUUAGCCUCAAGACUCUGAAGGAAGGGAAGAACAGAAAAGGAUAUUUUCGCAGAAAUGGAGAGAAGUAGAUAAUAUAAGAAUAUAUUUCUUGGAGAAAGAAUCUUAAGUGCUAUACCAAGACCUUACAAGACUUCCUGUUGCCAAAUGUGAUGCUGAAAUAAUUCACAAGUAAGAGGGCAAAUCACUCCCUUACGAACUGGAUCUGCCCACUUCUAUUCUGGAACUUGAGGAUGGGGAGUGUCUGGGGAGGCCCUGGAUUGGGGGUAGGAGGCGGAGAAGAGGAAGCACUCCACCCCUCUCCCCCGGGAAUGUUUUCCACGUGACAGAGGGGAGCCCAGCCCCCUUGGUAGUCCCACUCCAAGUUCGCUGACCUGGCCCUGUGUAUGCAUAAGCCUUUCCACGCUAGGAGACAAAGUACCCCUUACCCUCCUGAGAAUCGGCGCCAUGCCUGUAGCCAUGAGAAGCGCUGAUUCACCAGGGACAAUGCUCUUGACUCCCAGUGUGCUGAGCUACUAGGUUCAGUUAAGAUGUGUCAGCCAAGGUUGACUGUUUUUCUUCGUCUAGUACUUAAUUUGGAGCUUUUUGGCAUGUCUUUGUACAGAGUCAAACAUUCCUCUCAUUGCCCCUCUUAAUCCCCCCUGACUAUCCCAUUAUCUUUCCAUUCUUGCCCUUCCUUCUUCUGAGCUCACCUGCCCCCUUAAAAAAAAUAUAUUUUCUGAAGCAAAAAGGUAGAACACUCCUUCCUUCAUCUGCAUUUUGAUCACUUUGGAAACAUUUGUGUGUUCUCCCCUGUCCAGGGUUUACAUAACGUGAAUUAAGUGAAUGGGGUGUUGUAGGAUUAUGUAGUAACCUGAUAAUGAUCAAGACUUAUAAUAUGCGGUGCUCUCACUUCCCUGUGCAAACUUUGGUUCAGCUGCCCUACAGAGAAGUCUUACCCUUUUCCUCCCAGUGCCAGUAUGAACAAUGCAGGAGACCUGAAUGCGGGUACCUGGAGGUCAGAGAGGCAAGGAAGAUGAAGAAACCAGAAGACUUUGGUCUGAGGCCACCCUGGGCCUUUCCUCAGAGGUAGAGGCUUGCCAGGGCUUUGAGAAAGAAAGUUCCCCGUUCUCUACUGCAGAUCAUGAACUAGUUCUUGUAGAACUAGCAAGAUCCUUCACAUGGUUGAGAGAACCUAAGAACUUUCUUGUCCAUCCCAAGCCCACUGGUGAGUCUCCAUAGCAAAAACCAUUGACUCAGCCUGCAUAUCUGACAGCAAAAUUGGCCAAAGGAAAUUGAUAUAUCUUAAGGGAAAGGAAUUUUCUCCAAGAUCUUGGCCUCUCCCAACCCCAGAGUUUGGGGGGUUAUGCUUUUUGUUUGUUUCUGUUCUCAUCUGCAUCAGACCAGCCUCUUCUGCUCAGCCUGUCACAGAACCAAAGUCUGUACUACAGAAGGGAGCUGCACCAAGGGACGGGGACAGCUUGCAUCGCCCUGAUCUAAUCAUUGUGACAUCGGUAGCUUCAUAAAUACUGUAUGUACUUUGAACAAGGGUUUUGUUUUUGUUUUGCUUUGUUUUUGUUUUGCUCUUUGUUUUUAUUAGUAGUCUAAGGGAAUUCAAAGUUUUUAUUUGCUAUUUCCUUUGUUGUAUUUUCUGUACUAUAACUGUCUACAGUAUGUCUUUUGCAUAAAAUGCAUAAGGGUUUGGGGAUGUAAAUGGAAUUUUAUUCAUAUUUUGUCCAAAUACCUCUUGUAAUUUGUAUCAAAAUUCUUGUACAAUUUUUAUAUUAAAGAUUUAUCAGUCACUGA